AUGGCUUCCAUACGACCGAAUCGGUCCACCGGGCAGACCAAGAAACCCACCAACAAACCGGGCAGCGCGAAGAAGCGCCCCACAUCGAACGUGUUCAGCGUGCUGGAGCAGCACCAGGUGGCGGAGUUGCGCGAGCUGUUCAACCUGCUCGACGCGAACCACGCGGGAGUAGUUGGCCGGGAGGAGCUGCGCGACAUGCUGACCGUGUGGUACGAGCGGGCCCCGACGGAGCAGCUGCUGGACGAGCUGAUGGCCGAGGCACGAGGUUUGCCGCUCAACUUUACCCUCUUCCUGACGCUGUUUGCGCAGAAGCUGCGCGAUACCGAUCCGCCGGAAGUGCUCCAGAACGCGUUCCGCUGCUUCGACAGCAACGGGGACGGGACGGUCGAUGCGGAGGAGCUGCGCCUGUGGCUCACGACGAAGGGCGAUCAGCGGCUGACGGACGAGCAGGUGGACGAAAUCUUCCGCCGGAUGGUGCCCGAGAAUGGGCGGGUGAAGUAUGACGCGUUGGCGAACCUCCUUCACGACUGCUAG